AUGCGUGCUUGUGUGCGCUGCCAGGCACCAGCUCACGUGCACGAGCAGCACAAGCACUACCGACCCCUUAUGACGACAGAGUCUCCAGCGUCUGCUCCUGAAAAUGAAGUGAUCCAGGGCUCAAACGGUGUGCAGGAUGAUGCAGCAGCGGUUGAAGUGACUCGCCCUUCAAUAUACCCGCAGUCGCACCGUCCGCAACCGCGGGACGUGCCGCUGUCCUUCAUCGACGAGCGCAACUUGUUGAGUGAGUUGAAAACAUCACGUCUAGAGGGGUUUUAUAACUUGAGUUUUCUCUUACUCGGUUUCGCGCUUUUCUACAUGACAGUGCGCUCUAUUGUCGAAAAGGGACUGCUCGUGGACUUUGGUGGCAUCUUGUUUCGUUGCCCAGCGUUCUUGUCCGAUGUCUGGUUCGUUCUUCGAUUCUCCGCAGCACUUUGGGUGUAUUCUCUGCUUUUCUUCCUCUUAGUUUGGCUGGCUAUGGCCCAGAAGCAAUACAGUCGCCGUCGCUGGUUACAGCGGCUGCGCAUCGCGCUUGCAGUCUGCGGCUACAUCGCAGUCCAGGCGGUGUUAUACUGUGGAAGCACUUGGGUGCUCUGGCAACGACCAACGACACCAGCGCUCGGAGGAUUCCUGACUCUUUGGGUUAUUACGAUAUCGCUGAAAGGUCACAGUUAUUUCAUCACAAAUUGGUACCUGGCCGAGGAAGCGGAACGAGCUUGGCGAGAACGGGCGCGUCGCAAAAAGGAGACACCCGUCGAUGCGCAUGAGGAGCCCCCGCACUCUGAUGUAGCGCUUGGUGACGCUACAUCUGGUACCACGAAGACCUCGCCAACGGAAUCAGAUCGUCAGUCGUCGUCUGACAUGCCUGAUUCAAGGGCGGGAACGCAGAGCCGGCCCCUGAAGCGGGACUCCUCGGUAUCGAGCGAUCUCUCCAGCACGAUGAGUGUCGGGUUUUCGCGUGCAGUCCGCCAGAAUCGAUUGCGUGGCUUUCCGGCGAAUGUGAAUUUGGGAAACUUUGCAUACUUCAUGGUCGCGCCCACGCUGGUCUACGAGACGGAGUAUCCUCGCACGGAGCGUGUCCGCUACCGCUACGUUGCAACGAUGGUAGGCGUCAUACUGCUCUGUAUCGCGACUCAAGUAGCGAUCAUGCAGCAGUUUAUGCUCCCAGUUUUACAGGGACAAUCGGCUGGUUAUUCUCUGGUUUAUCAUGCAGCAAAACUUGCGAUUCCGUCCAUUAUUGUAUGGCUGUUGGGUUUUCUGUGGUUCUUUCACUGCGCGCUCUCGGCAUGGGCAGAGCUGCUUCGCUUCGCGGAUCGUCAAUUCUAUCAGGAUUGGUGGAACGCCACGACUCUAGAGUCAUUCUGGAACAAAUGGAAUAUGCUUGUGCAUGAAUGGGCUUUGCGUCAUGUGUUCAUUGAACUUCAGUACAGAAGCAAGCGAGUGAGCAAGGCAGCCGCCGGCUUUGCAACAUUCCUCGUGAGCGCUGUGCUCCACGAAUACCUGUUCGCUGUCGCGUUCAAGACGAUCAGCGUUGGUAUGUUUCUGGGAAUGAUGAUUCAGGUUCCGGGCAUCUGGCUUACGCGACACUCGUAUUUCCAGGGACGGCGUCGCGGCAAUCUGCUCAUGUGGCUAAUGCUCUUUCUGGGGCAUCCGCUGGGCGAGUUGCUGUACUUUCGGGCGUAUUUUCGGAACCAUCAUAACUUCUUCUGUCAUGACUGA